GCCUUUGGCUGCUGAAUAAAUACUCAUUGAGGCGACGCGACGGUUUAAAAUGUUUUAUAAACAUUACUUUUUAGAGCUGAAGGGACAUCAGCUUGGCCUUCUUCUUGAUCUGCUCUUUGGUAAUGCUCUUUUAGCGCAGGAUCAGCUACUCAAUACCAACAAUCUUGACAUUGACCGCCUUUUGACCUCUAGGACGUUUGUGUAAAGUUCAAAACAAUAAUGUCAUUUGAUUUGAUAACAUCGAUUGCUUUUAGCAGGUUUAGCAGGUUCAACCGUUUCGCCCGGUAUCAUCAAGAUAGUGCACAGUGAAAGUGACGUCCACAGCGAAGGCGUCAUUCGUAUCACCACCCAUAGAAGCAAAAAACAAAAAAGAAGCUACUGGCAUUAUAAUGUCCCGUAAACGACCUCGUGAUUCGUUGCCCUCCGCACGAAAUGGUUCCGGCGAAGAUUCCGUUGCACUUGAUGUCGCGCCGACCGGGGAACAGUUUUCGGUCAGCGUGCAGCGAUUGCAACGUACCGUACCAGUGAACGGAUCAGAUGCCCCGAACGCGAACGGCGUUGGUGGUGGUAGCACAGUGACAGACAAACGCUUCAGCAGCAUUAGCAUCGAGGAUGACGGUCUGGAGGUUGGCAGAGGCGAUAAUUUCUGGCCGCCCAAUCAGGACAGCGUGCGCAGUGCCCGGAUGAAUUUCGAUUCCCAACAAGCAACCUCGUCGAGACCGACUUCGAGACCGACUUCGUUAUCCAGCUUAUCCAGUCAGCUGGGAAGUGGAGUCGAGCACAGCCCACCAGUCACAAUUUGCAAACCGGCGCCGUUUUCGGACGAGCAGGAUGCGGUUACCGAGCGGGACCGGUGCGAUUACACCCAGAAAAUUACCUACCAAAUGGCCAGAUCCGGAACUGCAACGCGAAGAAUUCGUGUCUAUGCCGACGGUAUUUACGAUCUGUUUCACCAGGGUCACGCCCGGCAGCUGAUGCAGGCCAAGAACGUAUUUCCCAACGUCUAUCUGAUCGUUGGUGUGUGCAACGAUGAGUUAACCCACAACCGGAAGGGACGUACCGUCAUGGAUGACGAAGAGCGGUACGAAGCGGUGCGGCACUGUCGCUACGUCGAUGAGAUCGUCCGAGACGCACCCUGGGAGCUGGAUGAUGACUUUCUCGCGAAGCACAAGAUUGACUUCGUGGCGCACGAUGAGAUUCCGUACAGUUCGGACGAUUGCAACGAUAUUUACGCCAAUAUCAAAGCGCGCGGCAUGUUCGUGGCGACCGAGCGCACCGAGGGCGUAAGCACGUCGGACAUCGUGGCCCGCAUCGUGAAGGACUACGACAUUUACGUCCGAAGGAAUCUCGCUCGCGGGUACACAGCCAAAGAAUUGAACGUGUCCUUCCUGUCGGAGAAGAAGUUCCGGUUCCAGAACAAGAUGGACGAGCUGAAGGAUAAGAUGAAGAAGGGCAAGGGCGACAUCCUCAGCAAGUGGGAGGAGAAAUCUUCGGACUUCAUUCGUACGUUCCUGCUGAUGUUCGGCAAAGACAGCAGAAUCUCAAACUUUUGGUCAGAUUCGAAACAGAGGCUAAGGUCGGCCCUAAGUCAACCGGGAAGUCCGGGCAGUGGCAGCAAUAGCAGUUUGCACGAGUACGAUGGCGAAGAGGACGUGGAAAGUCCGGCCGAUUCAGCGUUGGAUUCCCCGCCGAUGAAGCGCUCAAAUUUACUCCGAUCGCGAAAUCAACUGUCGGAAACCGACGAUGAUACAAACUACGAACUCGAUGGUGACGAGGACGAGGAUGAGGAGGAGUUUGUCGAUUCGCGUUCGCAGCCCAAUUCCAGCUACAAUCUGACCGCAAUGGUUAACGGUCACAAUGGACAGCAUCAUUAGAAUGCGCAGGAUCCGCAUCUUUUUUGUCGGUUGCUAGCUUUUGUCUUUGUAACUUAGAGAGCACAUCGAAUGAUGAUGAGUAUGUUAGGUGUAAACGAAAUACUAUUGGUACCGGAUUGGCAAGGGGAGGCUGCAAUUGGCUUUUUUUCUCUUUGGAAUCGGAAUCAGGCUGGAAUAUUUGCUUAGCAGUGUGCGUUGAGGAGUUUGCUGUAUUUGCGAGUGGGCGCGAGCGAAUGGGAAAAUAAGAGUAGCUCAAUUUCCUAAACAUAUUUAUUUGAAUAUUUUAUUACAAGCGUAGAGAGAAGUUAAUAUUCGUUCCAAAACAGCUAGUAGACUCGAUUAUAAGUAUGGCAGGUUUAGUUUUUUGGCGCCUCUAAAUUGCACAUGCAAUUAUUUGUUGCUCUCCACGGAAGUACACCACAUUAAAUUCAGUUGCUUAAAUUUUCUUGUGUUGAAUUUGUUUAGUAAUAAAAUCGCCAAUCGUUUACGAUUAUUACUCGCAUCGGUAUGCUUAUUUACAAUAUUAUUUAUCAAAAAAUCCGUAACGGAACUGUUUCUACAAUACAUUUUUUACAUCUCGAACCAUAAUUAGGAAGAAUAGAAGUAAAAAUAAAAUAAAAUAAUUAUCCUAUUCAAAGAAUAAUUCGAUUU